ACGGAGCCUCCGGGCCCCGCAGGCGAGGGAGGGGUGCGGUCGGGGCGGGGGCCGGGCUCCCCGGCUGGCUGCGGGGUCCGGCCCGGCGGCCGCCUGCGGCUCGGCGCUGCUCGGCGCUCCUGCCCGGCGGGCGCUGCAUUCUCCGAGUCUCCACCAGAGGCUGCGGGAGGAAGGAAGGGAUCCGUCCCUUGCACACUUCCCCCCUAGUCAGACACGCACACUCCCUCGCUCUCUCGCUCCUCCACACACGCGCGCACUCGCCGCCGCGGCUCCCCCUCUCGCUCCCGCUCUCCCUCGGCUCCUCCGAGCGGACGCCAGAGCCGGACCUGGCUGUGAUCCUGCCGCUUGCUGGCGUCCCAAGGCGCGGACCAGGGUGCAGUCCGGCCGCUCCCCAAGGUUCCCGAUGGCUCUGGAUGACCCCUAGUCCCAGAAGGACUCCAAGAUCCUUUUGCCUUCGCUGAUCACACCGUCUGGGCGCAGGGACCAUGGCACAAGCCCUAUUCAGGAGCAGCUGCCAGGCUGCCUGGUGACUGGACCUGGGGCUUCAGCGAGGGGGGCGCGGGCCAGGACCGGGUGUCCAUGCCCGGAUGCGGCCGCGCCCCCUCCCAGUCCAGCCCGGCAUCCCCGAGGCUGAGGUCAUCAUGUGACGCAGCACCGCUGCGGUGCCUCUGGUCCAUGCUCAGGGGCUUGGCCAGCGCCAUCAAGCAUGAGGCCACGGCCAGAAGGAGCGCUCCGGGCGGGGGCUGCGCUGUCGCCUGUGCUGCUGUUUCUGCUACUGCUACCGCUGCUGGGGCACCUGUGGGCCGCAAGCACACCUGCCCCGUCCUCUUUGUCACCUGGGGCUCAGGAGGACAACCAGCUGGGUGCAGGCCGAGUGAAGCGCGGUUGGGUGUGGAACCAGUUCUUCGUGGUGGAGGAGUACACGGGGACAGAACCCCUGUACGUGGGCAAGAUCCACUCGGAUUCUGACGAAGGGGACGGGACCAUCAAGUACACCAUCUCGGGCGAGGGUGCAGGGACCAUCUUCCUGAUUGACGAGUUGACAGGUGACAUCCAUGCCACGGAGCGCCUGGACCGGGAGCAGAAAACCUUCUACACACUCCGGGCCCAAGCCAGGGAUCGAGCCACCAACCGUCUGCUGGAGCCCGAGUCGGAGUUCAUCAUCAAAGUACAGGACAUCAACGACAGUGAACCACGCUUUCUCCACGGCCCCUACAUUGGCAGUGUGGCCGAGCUGUCACCUACAGGCACGUCCGUGAUGCAGGUGAUGGCCUCUGAUGCAGACGACCCUACUUACGGCAGCAGUGCCCGGCUGGUGUACAGUGUGCUGGACGGCGAGCACCACUUCACAGUGGACCCCAAGACAGGUGUGAUCCGGACAGCCGUGCCUGACCUCGACCGUGAGAGCCAGGAACGCUACGAGGUGGUUAUUCAAGCCACAGACAUGGCAGGCCAGCUGGGUGGCCUCUCAGGUUCCACUACAGUCACCAUCGUGGUUACUGACGUCAACGACAACCCACCCCGCUUCCCACAAAAGAUGUACCAGUUCAGCAUACAGGAGUCAGCCCCCAUCGGUACGGCUGUGGGCCGCGUGAAGGCCGAGGACUCAGAUGUGGGCGAGAACACGGACAUGACUUAUCACCUGAGAGAAGAGAGCGGCAGCGGAGGAGACGCGUUCAAGGUCACCACGGACAGCGACACUCAGGAAGCCAUCAUAGUGGUGCAGAAGCACCUGGACUUUGAGUCGCAGCAGGUCCACACAGUGGUGCUGGAAGCCCUCAACAAGUUUGUGGACCCCCGCUUCGCCGACCUAGGCACAUUCCGAGACCAGGCAAUCGUGCGCGUGGCCGUGACCGAUGUGGAUGAACCCCCCGAGUUCCGGCCACCCUCCGGCCUACUGGAGGUGCAGGAGGACGCGCAGGUGGGCUCCCUGGUCGGCGUGGUGACGGCGCGGGACCCCGACGCCGCCAACCGGCCCGUCCGGUACGCCAUUGAUCGGGACUCGGAUUUGGAGCAGAUCUUUGACAUCGAUGCGGACACUGGUGCCAUCGUGACUGGCAAGGGGCUGGACCGUGAAACCGCUGGCUGGCACAACAUUACUGUGCUGGCCAUGGAAGCAGACAAUCAUGCUCAGCUAUCUCGGGCAUCCCUACGGAUCCGAAUCCUGGACGUGAACGACAAUCCCCCGGAGCUCGCUACACCCUACGAGGCAGCUGUGUGUGAAGACGCCAAGCCAGGCCAGCUCAUCCAAACCAUCAGUGUGGUGGACAGAGACGAGCCCCAGGGCGGCCACCGCUUCUAUUUCCGUCUGGUACCAGAAGCACCUAGCAACCCUCAUUUCUCUCUGCUGGACAUUGAAGAUAACACAGCUGCGGUGCACACGCAGCACGUGGGCUUCAACCGGCAAGAGCAGGACGUGUUCCUCCUGCCCAUCCUCGUUGUGGACAGCGGGCCACCCACCCUGAGCAGCACGGGCACCCUCACCAUCCGCAUCUGCGGCUGUGACAGCUCCGGUACCAUCCAGUCCUGCAACACCACCGCCUUUGUCAUGGCUGCCUCCCUCAGCCCCGGCGCACUCAUCGCUCUCUUGGUCUGUGUUCUCAUCCUGGUUGAGAAGCAUGGCUGUUUGGCUGCAUGACCAAGUGUAUCAGCCCCUUUCUCAGAUGAAGAAACAGAGACUCACAGGUUAAGUGGCUUGGCUAAGAAGACCCAGAUGGCCUUCUGACAUGAAAUUAGCUCUUCUUACUCUGUGUCUCCACCUCUGCUCUGCCACCUGCCAUGAAAUAAAACUGGGGACAACAACUUAGGGCUCCUGGGACAAAGUCUUGAGACACUGGGGACAAUGGCACCAGAAGCCAUUUGAACUCCAGUAUCGCUGGUGAGAAGAGAUGUGAACAGCCUGUGGCUGCUGCCACAGCCAACCAAGUGCUGACUGUAGACAGAACAGCCAGAGUUAGGGGUUCUCCUGGGACCACGCUCACUAGCCCUGCCCAGUCCCCCACGAGAUGACACCCCUCCCCUUGUGCUGCUACACCCCUUCAGAUCCCCCACAGAGGCCCCGAACAGACUCUGCCCAGCCAGGAGUACAGCCCCUCCUUCCCCACCACAGCCCACAGCUCAGAAACCCUUUUUUUCCAGAGGGUGCACUUUACAGCGGUUUCAUUUUCCAAGGCAGUGCAAACAAAUUUCUGCCUAAUUGCCCACAAACGAAGAAAGUGCACAUCAGUGCUCUAAAGGUGACGGGCUGAAUCGCUGAUCAGGUCUGGCACAUCUGUCGCCCGCCGCCCGCAAACCCUACCAUCUGCUCUCGUGGGCAUCCCCUCCACAGCUCCAGGUCUCCAGCUCCAAAUGCCGUCCAUCUAUCUUCUCUACAUCUCUCUUGACACCUUCCUUCCCUCCAGCCCUCCCUCAGGGCCUGUCCCCAGCCCCCACGUCCUUCCCUGUUGUAAGCUACCAUGUUAGGUGGUGAGCUCCUACCCUGUGCUGUGGCCCUCACAGCUGGCCCUGACCACAGGCCUGGCUGGAUCUGUCUGGAGCAGCAAGAAACAUCUAAUUGCUGCCACGGCGCUUGGCAUGUGUCUGUCCAUUCGUGUGUCCAUCCACCCAUCCAGCAAAUCCCUCUCAGGUACUAGGCUGUUUCCACAAUAGGAUUUACCACUGAGCAAAGUUGUUUGUUUGUUUCUUUAAUUCUUUCUUGGGGCUUAAGAGAUGGCUCAGCAGUUAAGAACACUGACUACUCUUCCAGAAGACCCGAGUUCAAUUCCCAGCACACACGUGGCAGCUCACACCCAUCUGUAGCUCCAGUUGCAGGGGAUCUGGUUCCUCUUCUGGCCUCCAUGAGCGUUGAGCACAUACGUGGUACAGAGACAUACAGGCAGGCAAAACACCCACACGCACAAAAUAAAAUGAAAUUUAAAAUUAUUAUUGAUUUCAUACAUGUAUACAAUGUAUCUUGAUCGUGGCCACCCCCAGGCCCCCAGACCUUUCCUACGUGUAUCCUUCCCACCUCAGGUCCUCUUUGUGUCUUCUUUAUAGCUCACGGAGUUCCACUAGCGCUGCCAGAGCGUGCACCAGAGCGAGGCCAUACACUGGAGCGUGGCUGUGUACUGGGCGUGGUUAGCCCACCAGUGGCCACACCCCUGAAUAAAAAUGACUCCUUUCAGUUUCCACCAAUCAGCCAAUGACUUUAGGGUUGAGGGUGGGACCUUGUUGGCCCCUCCCCUAUCCUUGCCGGGCUAUUGACUGGCUUGACCGUGUGGAGCUCUUCACAGAGCUGUGGGUCCAGAAGCCUGCAUUCCCCGGCACCCCUCCCCGCCCUCCAGCUCUGACAUUCUUCUUUGCCCCCUUUCCAUCACAUUCUCUGGGCCUUGGUGGAGGGAGGGGGGUAGUGGGAAAGAGAAAGAUUAUUUUAACUUUAAACGUAUGGAGUUUGAGGUUCUCUUGGUCAACCGAGGGGACUGGAAGUUGAAUGUACCUGGAUUUCAGGGGUGAAAGAUGCUGGAGUUAUUGGCGGAGGGAAGCUAAAGCCACGGCGUGCAGAAGAGUGCCAAAAGAGGGAAUGUUAUAAGGGAGUAGGUCCUUGGGAGCUGGGGAAGCAGGAAGGAGAACCUGGCUGGAUGACAGAAUACAGUGUUAGGAAGGAGGGAGGAGGAGGAGGAGAGAAACAGGAAGUCCU